AUUGUGGAGAACAAAAUUACAGGGUGUGCGAGUGCACCCCCCAAAUGGCGCACCUGGCUUAGAAAAACUUCUUGUACCUUCAGUAGCAUCGACGCAUCAGUAUAACGCCAUACUUUAAGGCAGGGGUCGCCAACCUUUUCCACCAAGUGAGCUACACUAAAAAUUACAAGUAUCCGAUGAGCUACCACUAUUUAUUUACUAUAUUUAUAUUAUUACAUGCAGCAUAACAUAAUAUUUUCCGUCGGAAAAUUGUAUGAUUUUAUUCGCUUUCAAAUACUAUAUUUACCUACUGUGUAUGGCUCAAUAUUGUACUUUUUCUAGUAAAACUUAUAAAUUGUUAAUUUUACGACCUUAUUGCGCUUCCGCAAACCAUAUACCUACGAUUUACAUGUGUUAUAAAAUGCGUGUGUUUUAAUCACCUUCAGCGAUUAUAUACGACAAUAUAAUAUAUAAUGACUCGCGAAUAUUUUCAAAACUACGAUAAAAACUGCAAUAACAUAUUAGAAUAACUAUUUGAACAACGCGGUGCUUAUAACACCACUUUAUACCCAUCAUAGUUGAAACGCAUGCGCAGUUAUUCGCCGCGGCCCGUGGUGUACGCAUUAAUUAAGAUCGUAAGUAAUAUAAUAAUAAUAAUAAUAUGAUCUAUGGAAGUUCGAUAGAUGGCAUUAAAUAGAGACAGACACCGGCCCGUCGGCUUAGUAACGAGGUUGACGAGAUAACUGAAGAGAAGACUGCGACCACGGUCGGUAUAUUAUAAUUGGCGUUAUUUUUGGAUCUAUAUUAUAAAUAUUAUUAUAUUCGGCACAAAUUAUAAUAAUACUGUCUCGUUCAGGACAGGUUCGUUUGUUGCAAAAAAAAAACCGUGAUUUCGAAAUAACUUUUAAAGCGAUCGAAAUGAAAACUUUAAGCUGUCCGCCGUCCAAUCGGUUUUUCCGGCCGUUAUCACUUUUUCGGCCCAUUAUUUUGUUUGUCAGUUUACUAUCCUCGCCGACCAUCACAUCGCAGACCACAGAUAACACUACUGAAACGUCGUCAUAUUCCUGGAAAGGCUGGAACAUGUACGAAAAUGUCAGUAUGUCCACCGUGGACAUCAUCAAGAAAAACGGAUACGCCGCCGAGAUCCACCAUGUCAUCACUGAGGACGGUUACAUCCUCGAAUUGCAUCGCAUCCCCAGCAGUAGGAGCGGACAGAAGCCCACCAGAAAUCAUCCUGUCUUCUUCCAUCACGCGUUUCUCUCGAAUUCGGCCGGAUGGGUUCUCAGCGGAGCUAACACAUCUCUGUCCAUGCAACUCGCCGACGCAGGAUACGACGUGUGGUUGGCAAACAGUCGUGGUAACACUUAUAGUAGAAAACACGUAUCACUGAACUACAAGCAAAAAUCUUAUUGGAAUUUCAGUUUACACGAAAUCGGAACGUACGAUUUGCCGGCUGCGUUCGACUAUAUCCUGAUGACGACAAACGCCUCGCAACUCCACUACAUAGGUUAUUCUAUGGGCACUACUGUGUUUUUCAUCAUGGCUUCGACAAGACCCGAAUAUCAGUCGAAAAUCCGAUCGCAAAUAAGUCUCGCACCGGUAGCGUAUUUCACUCACCUAAGGUCGCCGAUAAGAUACGUGGCUCCAUAUGCGAGAAUGAUGAACAUUGCUUACCAAAGAUUGACGAACGGAAUGGUUCUGCCGCAGACGAGGAUGAAAAAGAUUUUCGCGUCGACCGUUUGUGCGGGGAAAAUGAUGCAGAAACUGAUAUGCCAAAGGGGAUUCAUUUUUUUCAUCUGUGGCAGUGACCCGAAAUACUUUAAUACCAAAUUGAUCCCGCUGAUCAUGGGACACUUUCCGUCGGGAACGUCGUCUAUGGUUCCCGAGCAUUUCGCGCAGAUCAAAUUGAAAGACGCUUUUGGUCGGUACGAUUACGGUCCGGUCACUAACAUGGAAAAGUACAAUUCUACCGAGCCUCCCAAGUACGAUCUGACAUCGAUCCAGGUGCCCAUCACUUUGAUGUACGGGAAAAACGACUUGGUGGCCGACAUCCAGGACGUGAUGAAACUGAAAUCGCAACUGCCCAGACUGAUAGAUGCCGUGAUGAUUGAUAAUCCGUACUUCAACCACUUGGACUUUAUGUGGAGCACAGAGGUCAACGAACGCGUCAACGAUCCGAUUAAGGAAACGCUGCGGAAGACCGACGAUAUGGACUGGGAGUACUCGGGGCCAAAUAUUCCGCAGUCGAAGGAUAUUUUCAAUGUCAGUGGCAAUGUCAGCGAUGGCUAUAUCGGUUCCAGUGGAAAUGUCAAUAUCAGCGGCAGUGGAAAUUUCAAUAUCAGUGACAGUGAAAAUUUAAAUAUCAGUGACAGUGGAAAUGUCAAUAUCAGCGGCAGUGGACAUUUUAAUAUCAGUGACGGUGAAAAUUUAAAUAUCAGUGACAGUGGAAAUGGCAAUAUCAGCGGCAGUGGACAUUUCAAUAUCAGUGACUGUGGAAAUGUCAAUAUUAGUGACAGCGGGCAUUUCAAUAUCAGUGACGGUGAACAUUUAAGUAUCAGUGAUAGUGCAGGCGAUGUUGGUGGCAGUGGAAAUGUCAGUGGAAGUGGAGGUAGCAUUGGCAAUGUCAGUGACAGUGUUGUGCCAUCGGAUUUGGACUACUUUGCGAAAAACUUGGGCAAGAUAAUCGCGGACGCUAUGCCCAAGCCGAUGGACCACGAGGGUGAUGCUGCCGACUUCGAACGGGAACGGAUCCUGCAAGAGACAUUGUUAGCGGACUCCAUCGAGUUCGUUCGGUCGGUCCAAAAGAAGUACGGAUCGAAGAUGGUCUGGCAAGAGUCGUCGACGCGUGCCACAAAUGACCGUAAUUUGAGAAUCAAACAGGUCGUCACGAGCCCGAAUGACGCUGUCUGAUGAACGUCGGGUGAGCCGUGAGCGCUUAAGGUUUGAGUUUUCGACUCUCGAUAUGUCACCCGUCGAAAUAAUACUACCUAUACUCUAUACCCUAACCUAUAUAAUACAAUAUAUUUUAGUAUUAUAAUAAUCUAUAAGUCUACAAAAACAAUAACAGCAAUUCUGCGAGUAGGUAAGUACUAGGUUGUAUAAUAUAUACCUACUUACCCAAUAUGAAUACGGCGUAGAUACCUAUAUAUAUAUAUAUAUAAGCGUAUUUGUAUUUGUAUAUUUAACUACAAAUUUUGAUACAGCUGGUAGGUACAUCAAAAGUUUCAGAACCUAUUCUUUUCGACAGUAUUUUCAAUCUCUUUAAUACAUAUUAUUACACACACUCAAGUCUAGGCAAAAAAGAGUUAAAAAGUUAGAGUUAAGUAAAUUUUAACUUUUUAACAUUUAAUUUGUAUCAACUUAAUUCUUGACUUCACUGAUUUUCAAUGAUAUAAACUCAAUAAAUAACGAGUUAAUUUUAAUCAAAUCCCAGUUACAAUAAUUUAUAAAU